GCAAUCAAUUGAGGACAAAGAAAGAGAGAAAUCAGAAACACAUAAAAAAAAGGAAGAGAAAUAAAAAUGGCAUCAUCAACAAUGAAUGUAAGGAGAAUAAAGCUUGGGUCACAUGGCCUUGAAGUAUCAGCCCAAGGACUAGGAUGUAUGGGCAUGUCAAUGGCUUACGGCCCGCCCAAGCCCGACGAUGAAAUGAUUGAGCUCAUCCACUUUGCUAUCAACUCUGGCAUUACUUUACUUGAUACCUCUGAUAUUUAUGGCCCUUUCACCAAUGAACUCCUUAUUGGCAAGGCAUUGGAAGGGGAAUGGAGAAAGAAAGUUGAGGUGGCUACAAAAUUUGGAUUUAAGUUUGUUGAUGAUGGUAAUGAAAGCUAUAAGUUGGAGAAAUAUGGAGAUCCAGCUUAUGUGAGGGCUGCUUGUGAAGCUAGCUUGAAACGCCUUGGUGUUGAUUGCAUUGACCUCUACUAUCAACACCGUGUUGAUACUUCUAUCCCCAUCGAAGUCACGAUGAGUGAGUUGAAGAAACUAGUUGAAGAGGGAAAAAUCAAGUACAUAGGGUUAUCUGAGGUAUCUCCUUCAACAAUUAGAAGAGCACAUGCAGUUCAUCCUUUAACAGCUGUGCAACUUGAAUGGUCUGUUUGGUGUAGGGAGGUUGAGGAAGAGAUUAUACCCACUUGCAGGGAACUCGGAAUUGGAAUUGUUGCUUAUAGUCCUCUAGGACGGGGAUUCCUCUCUUUGGGAGCAAAGGUUAUGGACAACUUGAUCGAUAGUGACUUCCGAAAGACUUUACCAAGGUUGCAACCUGAGAACAUGGAGCAUAACAAGCUUCUAUUCGAGAAGAUGAGCAAAAUAGCUUCAAAGAAAGGUUGUACCACCUCCCAACUAGCACUUGCUUGGGUUCAUCAUCAAGGUGAAGAUGUGUGUCCAAUUCCCGGCACCACGAAAAUCGAAAAUCUGAAACAAAACAUGGGAGCUUUGGCAAUCAGUCUUACAACAGAGGAAAUGGCAGAGCUUGAAUCACUUGCUGAUCAAGUAAAGGGUGAUAGAUAUGGUCCUAUGCAAUCCUCUAAUACAUGGAAGAACUCUCAGACUCCACCUUUGUCUUCUUGGAAAGCUUAAUGACUAAUGAGUGAUCUUCUCUAAUUGAUCAUUGUACAAGUGUUACAAUACAGGCUUAAGACUAGUAAAAGUCCCUAUUAUUCUUUUACAGACAAUAUAUCUCUAAUAAUCAUACCUAAACAUAAAACAUCAGAUGUUGGAAAACUGGCAGCAAAGAUGAAAUAAAUUGUUGUAAUUUGCUUGGCUUUGUAUGUAGUAAGUUUCUUUCUUCUUGAGAGUUGAGAUAUAUAGACAAAAAAAGGUUAACA